CCCUUCCAAACUCAACUGGCUUCAGUCUUGCCCGACGCCUGUCCGUCCUCGUACGGUGAAUUGAUCGAAACUAAAUUGAGGUGCCUCCUGCGUAUUUUAAUCCACCGAUUCAAGAACUUCGGCGCGAAAAAGCAUUAGCAAGAAUGGCAAUCCGCAAACCAGCAAUUAAAUACACAAAGUUGUUCAUCAACAACCAGUUCGUCGACUCCAUUAGUGGGAAGACAUUCAGGACCAUCAAUCCUGCCACUGGUGAGGUCCUGGGAAGUGUUUCUGAAGCUGGACAGGCCGACAUUGAUGCCGCUGUUAACGCCGCCAAAAAUGCUUUCAAAUUUGAUGCGCCCUGGAGGACCAUGCUACCCAAGGAAAGGGGCAACCUGAUGUACAAGCUUGCCUCUUUGAUUGAGAGAGACCAUCAAUACAUUGCCAGUUUAGAAACUGUUGACAAUGGUCAGCCCUACUCAGGAAUCUUUAAUGACAUGCAAUUUGUCAUUGACGUAUUCCGCUACUACGCUGGAUGGUGCGACAAAAUUCGUGGAAGCACCAUUCCUGUUGGUGGUGAUGAUGGCGCAUUUGCUUACACGCGCAAGGAGCCCAUUGGAGUUGUUGGGUGCAUCAUUCCUUGGAACUUCCCGAUGCUGAUGCUCUCCUGGAAAUUGGGUCCAGCUUUGGCGGCUGGAUGCACUGUCGUCCUGAAACCCUCGGAACUGACCCCUUUGACCGCCCUUUACUUCGGGUCACUUGUUGUGGAGGCUGGAUUUCCGCCUGGUGUGGUUAACAUUGUUCCUGGUUAUGGGCCAACUGCAGGUGAGCCCAUUGCUUACCAUCCAGACGUCAACAAAAUUGCUUUUACAGGAUCUACUCAGGUGGGAAAACUGGUUGCAAGGGCUGCUGCUGAGUCAAACUUGAAGCGCGUGUCUUUGGAAUUGGGUGGAAAAAGUUGUCUCGUCGUUUACGACACCCCAGAUUUGGCCAAGGCAGCUGAAAUCGCCCAAUUUGCCUCGUUUUUCAACCAGGGCCAAAACUGCACUGCUGGCUCGAAAAUCUUUGUUCACGAGGAAAUUUAUGACGAGUUCCUUGCCAAGGCAAAAGAAUUGACUGCCGCUCGCAAAACUGGAGAUCCAUUUGACGAGGCCACAAUGCACGGUCCCCAAAUUGACCAGAAACAGCUGACUAAAGUGCUUGACCUGAUCCAGUCAGGUGUUGACGAGGGGGCCACCCUUGAGGUUGGCGGGAAAGGUGAAUUCAAGGAGGGAUUCUUUGUGAACCCGACGCUGUUCUCCAACGUCAAUCAAGACAUGAAAAUUGCGCAGGAGGAGAUUUUUGGUCCUGUUCAAAUGGUCUUCAAAUUCAGCACCCUUGAAGAAGUCAUCGAGCAGGUCAACAACACCAAGUAUGGUUUGGCAUCCGGAAUCAUCACCAGCAAAAUGGACAGGGCUUUGGCCUAUGUGAACAGAGUGAACGCUGGAUCCCUUUGGAUCAACUGCUAUGACAAUGUUAUGCCACAAGUUCCUUUUGGAGGAUUCAAGCAGUCUGGGUUUGGCCGAGAACUGGGCGAAGAGUCACUCAAGGAGUACCUGGAAGUCAAGAGUGUCAUCUGCCGACCAGUUCCAACAUAAAUGUUUGAAAUUUCGAGCAAGUAUGUGAAAGAAAAGUUAUCAGGGAAAUAUGGCAUUUAUCAGGCGUUAUGGGGGCCAGAAAAAGCCAUAAUAUGUCAAAUAAUAUUAGUCUUUUGCCUUGAAAAGCCAGUGUUUAGUUUAAUAAUUUUCUGCUUCGUUAGAUUUCCUCACAUAAAAUAAUAGAUAGACCACCAACCCAAUAGCCUAAUAAGCUUAUGUGUGCCUCAAGCAAAAAAAAAAAGAUUUUGUUGUAUAAUGCAAUUUAUUGGAUUUUUAGCUUCAGUAUUUCUACUUGAUAAUACUAUACAAAAUUAACCGGCACAUUUAAAAGCCAUUUUGCACAUGUAAUGAUUAUCUUAAAAUAUAUAUUUACAAGUUACUUGGCAUCACCAAAUAUAUUUUAAUUUAAUCCUUCUAUACACACAUCUUUUCUUGCUUUUAUUGAAGAAAUGAAAAUGAACAUUUCGUUGUUACUGUGGUUGGCCAGCUUUUAUAAACUUGGGUACAGACAGAUAUUUUUUUGUUUUU